AUCCCGAAGCGGGCAUCCAAAUAGGGACACGCGUUCCCGUCGCCUGGGAUACAAGCCAGAGUAGAAAGGACGCUGUGAAGUUGUCCAGUUUUCACCCCAGUAUUUCAUGAAAGAUGAACACACUUCAGCCUUCUCGUUGGAACCUCACGUGUGACACACUGAACAAGUCCUGGAGCAGAGAGUAUUCUUUUCCGACCACAAAUACAGCAGACAAAGUCAUCCUUCCUGCUUUAAUUGGAAUUAUCUGCACCACGGGUCUAAUUGGCAACAUUCUUGUUGUCUUCACAGUUAUAAGGUCAAGGAAAAAAACGAUUCCAGACAUCUACAUCUGUAAUCUGGCACUGGCCGAUUUGGUUCAUAUCAUCGGGAUGCCCUUCCUGAUCCACCAGUGGGUAAGCGGAGGAGAAUGGAUAUUUGGAAGUCCUCUCUGCACCAUCAUUACUUCUCUGGACACGUGCAACCAGUUCGCAUGCAGUGCGAUUAUGACCGUUAUGAGCUUGGACAGGUACCUGGCUCUAGUCCAACCAUUUAGACUCACCAGCCUGAGAACAAGGUCAAAAGCCGUUCGAGUCAACUUAAGCCUCUGGGCGGCUUCGUUCAUUUUAGUCUUCCCCGUCUGGAUCUACUCUAAAGUCAUUAAAUUCAAAGAUGGUUUGGAAAGUUGUGCUUUUGAUCUAACCUCCCCCAACGAGGUUCUUUGGUAUACCCUUUAUCUCACUAUAACCACCUUUUUUUUCCCAUUACCACUUAUUUUGGCCUGCUACAUAUUAAUUUUAUGUUACACCUGGGAGAUGUAUCAGCAGAACAAGAAAGCAGGAUGUUGCAGCUCCAGCAUCCCGAGACAAAGAGUCAUGAAGCUGACUAAGAUGGUCCUGGUGUUGGUGGGGGUGUUUGUUGUAAGUGCUGCCCCUUAUCACGUGAUUCAGCUCAUGAACCUGCACAUCGCCCGCCCAACACUGACCUUCUACGUAAGCUACUAUCUUUCCAUCUGCCUCAGCUACGCUAGCAGUAGCAUCAACCCUUUCCUCUACAUCCUGCUGAGCGGAAAUUUCCGGAAACGCCUCGCAAACUGUUCCAGGAUCCAAAGGAAAGGGACGGAACGGGAAAUUAACCACGUUGAAAACACACUGAAAUCGAGCUUUUAGCAAUUAAUCUGUAGUAUCAAUUGAGCGCUUAUUGACUGAGCACCUUCUGUGUGCAGAGCACUGUAUUAAGCACUCAGGAGAGUGCAAGAGUUUAAGAGACAUGGUCCCUUGCCCUUAAGGAGUUUACAGUCUAACAGAUUAUCUUUGCAAGGGAAUCUAACUCCGGGUGGCUUUGAAAAUCAGACCUCCUUUACUUCCACUGGGUCGAUUUGAGUAAUUCAGAGUAAAAAUAAUCGUACACACAUGCUUUAUGACGUGGGUCCUAAACUUACAGCUUGAAGUAGGCUCAAUGUGCUAACCGUUGUGUGAAAUAUUUUGAACUGUAUUUGGGGGAUGUGUUUAGAUCACCUGGUCCUCAUGGCAUUGUACAUAUGUAUGAUAAUAUGUGGAGUGGUCACCUGUUAACGAGAGCCCAAGUGCCUGACAGAUACUAGUCAAUGAUCACCUUAGUUCUAUUGAUGGUCUCCUUGGGCUCUGGCUUCAAUUGAUGCUUUAUCUUGCAGUUUUUAAGGCAUGAGAAAUAAAGCAUUGAA